GUAGUCCAUAGCCCAUAAACUAAACCUCAUCACUCAAAAGACAGAAACCAUGUUACAGUUGCAGCUGUUAGCUUUUCUUCUGGUUUUUCCUCUGUAUUUCUUGUUUCGUCUGCUCAAACAUGGCAGAUUUCAUGUUAUUCCAAGAAAUGGGAUUCUUCCACCAGGUCCCCCUAAGCUUCCCUUUAUUGGGAACUUACAUCAACUGAGUGGCUCGUCUCCUCAUCGCGUGCUACGUCAACUUUCUAUGAGAUACGGCGCGCUCAUGUCUUUGCAACUCGGUUUCGUGCCAACUCUGGUGGUUUCUUCUGCAACAAUGGCGAGGGAGUUCUUGAAAACUCACGACCUUAACUUCGCCACUAGACCCUCCCUCCUUUGCCAGCAGAAGCUGUCUUACAAUGGCUCCGAUUUGGCUUUUGCACCCUAUGGCGAUCACUGGAGGGAGGUAAAGAAGAUUUGCACUCUUGAGCUCUUCAGCGCCAAGAGGGUGCAAUCUUUUCGGUUCAUAAGAGAGGAGGAGAUUUCUCUACUGGUCAAGUCCAUUUCCCAGCUUGCUUCUUCUUCCAGCUCGGCCAAUCUAACCCAGAUGGUGUUUGAUCUCACAAACAACAUAAUUUGCAGGAUUGCUUUUGGUAAAAGCUUUAAGCACGAAGGGUGCCAGAAGAGUUCAUUUCAUGAACUCCUCUUUGAAGCUCAAGCCUUGAUGGGUCGCUUCGCUUUCACUGACUAUUUUCCAGUGGUGGGAUGGCUGUUUGAUGCUCUCACUGGACUUCAUGCUAGGCUGAAGAGGAACUGCCGAGGCUUGGAUUUAUUCUACCAACAUGUCAUCGAUGAUCACCUCGACCCCAGGAGGCCAAAUCCUGAGAAAGAAGACAUCACCGACAUAUUGCUUCGAAUGCAGAAAGAUGGAUUAAGUUCAAUUGAUCUCAACAUGAAUGACAUCAAAGCUAUGAUCAUGAACAUUUUCUUUGCCGGAACGGACACAAGCAGUGCAGUCGUGAUUUGGGCAAUGACAGAACUUUCCAAAAAUCCAAAAGUGAUGCAAAAGGCACAAGACGAAAUUAGAGGCCUCAUCGGCAAUAAAGGAUACGUAGAUGAAGACGACCUACACCAAUUUCAUUACCUCAAGUGUGUAAUCAAGGAGACGUUGAGAUUGCACCCUCCAGGCCCAUUGCUGGUUCAGCGAGAAGCUAGAAACCACUGCACUAUUGAUGGGUUUGAUAUUUAUCCCAAAACUAGGGUCAUUAUCAAUGCAUGGGCCAUUGGAAUGGAUCCUGAGACUUGGGAGAACCCAGAAGAGUUCCUACCAGAAAGGUUCUCAGAUGGCUCCGUAGAUUUCAAGGGACAACACUACGAAUACAUUCCAUUUGGUUCGGGCCGAAGAAUGUGCCCUGGAAUGAAUCUAGGAAUGGUCACUGUGGAACAUACACUUUCAAAUCUUCUGUAUUCGUUUGACUGGGAUCUGCCUGUUGGGAUCAAGAUGGAAGAUAUCGACAUGGACGAGCUACCAGGCGUAGCUGUGCACAAGAAAAAUGACCUUCGCCUUCUUCCAAUCAAUUUCAAUGGACAUUAAGGCUAUGUUUGGUUUGAAGAAAAAAGAAGAAAAACAUAAGAAAACCUGUAUAAGGUUUCCUUAUAGUUUUCUUCCAUUCCCUAUUUUUUCCUUCAAACCAGACAGCAUAAGGCUGCAUUUACUUCUAAUUAAUGAUGCUUCGUGCUAUGGAAGCACUACCAAUUUAAGACCAAAGGAACCGUAUCCAAGACGACGAUAUGUAUGGUCUGGAAAUUCUACGUUGUGUUU